ACGUCCAGUGGCCGUUGCUCGUUCUGUCACGAGCCGUACCCGUGGACACCGACCCAGCGAAUAGUUGCACAGCUACGUUACUGGCGACCUCGGUCCGAUUAGAACUACCAUUCCCUCAAAAGACAAAUUAAUCGAAUCGGCUCACCAAGAAUAGGAUUAAUCACUGUCUGACAACGGUCAUUUGGGUGAUGUAUUCUAACAUUUUACAUCGCUAGCCAGCUAGCUAGCUAGCUGUUUAGCUAGCUUGCCGCGCCUGACUCGCAGUGAACAGAGAGAUAGAUUGAUUAUUUGUCGUCGUGUCGGCUUGUUUAAUAACCACUCAGUAACAGCACUUCCUUAGGAUUUUGUCCUUAGUGAUUUGGAACGAUACAGACCGUUGACUCUCGUCGUCGUUUGGCCAUUGCACACUGUUAAUAGGUUUGAAUGAAUUACCUAGCGGAAACACCGACGUCGUAGUUCAGUGUCAUUAGGAGCUAGCAAGCUACUCACCUAAGCAGCUAGGCUUUUGACUUUAGCAACAUUAGCUAGCUAAGUUUUUCCACUAUCAAAGUCUUCUUAGGUAGGUAAUCCUCUCUACAUUGUAUCUAGGUGCAUCACAUACAAGCAAGUUGGUUAGCCAAUUUAGCAAGAUAGCGUGAGUUAAAAAAACAACGUCAAACGCCAAAUUCCGUUUAAGUUAACGUUAGCUAGCUAGCUGUUUUAUACGCUAGCGUGGCGUUUGCUAGGCAGCAGUACAGCGAAACGUAUUUUAGCUACAUCUCAACCAUCUGAAAGUAAUUUGUUUCGUGUGAGGCCGGGUUAAAGAGAGACCCCUGCAAGAAUGCCGGCUGUGUCGAAAGGAGAUGGGAUGCGAGGAUUAGCUGUGUUCAUUUCGGACAUAAGAAACUGCAAGAGCAAGGAGGCGGAGAUUAAGCGCAUCAACAAAGAGCUGGCCAAUAUCCGCUCCAAGUUCAAGGGGGACAAGGCCCUGGAUGGCUACAGUAAGAAGAAGUAUGUGUGCAAGCUGUUGUUCAUCUUCCUCCUGGGCCACGACAUCGACUUUGGCCACAUGGAGGCAGUCAACCUUCUCAGCUCCAACAAGUACACCGAGAAACAGAUUGGUUAUCUGUUCAUCUCUGUGCUGGUGAAUAGCAACAGUGAGCUAAUCAGGCUGAUCAACAAUGCCAUAAAGAAUGACCUGUCGAGCAGGAACCCCACUUUCAUGUGUCUGGCCCUGCACUGCAUUGCCAACGUGGGCAGCAGGGAGAUGGCAGAGGCCUUUGCUGGGGAGAUUCCACGCAUCCUUGUGGCGGGGGACACCAUGGACAGUGUGAAGCAGUCAGCAGCAUUGUGUCUGCUGCGGCUCUAUAAGACCUCUCCGGACCUGGUGCUCAUGGGCGAGUGGACCUCCAGAGUGGUGCAUCUGCUCAAUGAUCAGCACAUGGGUGUCGUCACUGCCGCCAUCUCCCUCAUCACCUGUCUCAGCCAGAAGAACCCAGACGAGUUCAAGACCUGCGUGUCCCUUGCCGUCUCCCGUCUCAGCAGGAUCGUGUCCUCAGCCUCCACUGACCUCCAGGACUACACAUACUACUUUGUUCCUGCACCAUGGCUCUCCUGCAAGCUGCUUCGCCUGUUGCAGUGCUACCCGCCGCCUGAGGAUGGUGCCGUCAAGGGCCGACUGGUGGAAUGCCUUGAGACCAUCCUUAACAAAGCCCAGGAGCCUCCCAAGUCCAAGAAGGUCCAGCACUCCAACGCCAAGAAUGCCAUCCUGUUUGAAGCCAUUGCCCUCAUCAUUCAUUAUGACAGUGAGCCCAACUUGCUUGUGCGAGCAUGUAACCAGCUGGGCCAGUUCUUGCAGCACAGGGAGACCAACCUGCGCUAUCUGGCUCUGGAGAGCAUGUGCACCCUUGCCAGCUCUGAGUUCUCCCACGAGGCAGUGAAGACACACAUCGAGACGGUCAUUAAUGCCCUCAAAACUGAGAGGGACGUCAGUGUCCGCCAGCGUGCGGCCGACCUGCUCUACGCCAUGUGCGACCGCAGCAAUGCCAAGCAGAUCGUUGCCGAGAUGCUGAGCUACUUGGAGACAGCUGACUACUCCAUCCGGGAGGAGAUGGUGCUGAAGGUGGCCAUCCUGGCAGAGAAGUACGCCGUGGACUACUCCUGGUACGUGGACACCAUCCUCAACCUGAUCCGCAUCGCCGGUGACUAUGUCAGCGAGGAAGUGUGGUACCGUGUUAUCCAGAUUGUCAUCAACCGCGAUGACGUGCAAGGCUACGCAGCCAAGACCGUCUUCGAGGCGCUGCAAGCUCCAGCUUGUCAUGAGAACAUGGUGAAGGUUGGAGGAUACAUCCUAGGGGAGUUUGGUAACCUCAUCGCUGGUGAUCCUCGCUCCAGUCCUCUGGUUCAGUUUAAUCUUCUGCACUCUAAGUUCCACCUGUGUUCGGUGCCCACACGUGCCCUGCUCCUCUCUGCCUACAUUAAGUUCAUUAACCUGUUCCCGGAGACCAAGAGCACCAUCCAGGAAGUCCUGCGAUGUGACAGCCAGAUCAGGAACAGCGACGUGGAGCUGCAGCAGCGUGCCGUAGAGUACCUCAAACUCUCUUCCAUCGCCAGCACCGAUGUCCUGGCCACUGUGCUGGAAGAGAUGCCUCCAUUCCCAGAGAGGGAGUCAUCCAUCCUGGCCAAGCUGAAAAAGAAGAAGGGCCCUGGUGCUGUGUCGGCUGGAGAGCUGGAGGAGGGAAAGAGAGAGGGAGGAGAGGUCAACGGAGCAGAACGGCCAGGGGACAACGCUGCCAUAGCCGCAUCCAAUGCCUCCACUCCCUCUCCAUCAGCUGAUCUCCUUGGCCUUCGCUCAGCUGCGCCGGUCAGUGCUGCGCCGGUCAGUGCAGGCAGCCUAUUGGUUGAUGUCUUCUCAGAGGCGGGGCCUGCGGCUUCCACUGCUGGUGUCAACGAUGAUGGCUUCCUAAGAGAUCUGGAACCUCCCACUGAGAGCUCUGACUCCUUAUUGGCUGAGGGUCCUGGUGACUCGGACUGUUCUUCCGCUCUCAGCUCUGCUCCUCCCUCUGUGGUCUCUGAAGAUCCUGCUCCUCCUCUGCCUGAGUCAGAUGAGCUGCUUAACAAGUUUGUGUGUAAGAAUAAUGGAGUUCUGUUUGAGAAUCAGCUACUUCAGAUAGGUAUUAAGUCUGAAUAUCGCCAGAACCUCGGUCGGAUGUACCUGUUCUAUGGCAAUAAGACUUCAGUGCAGUUUGUUAGCUUCAGUACCACAGUCACCUGCCCAGGAGAACUUCAGAGCCAGCUGAAUGUGCAGCUGAAGCCUGUGGACCCCCUAGUAGAGGGGGGUGCUCAGGUGCAGCAGGUCAUCAACAUUGAAUGUCUUUCUGACUUCUCUGAUGCUCCACUUCUCAACAUCAAGUUCAGGUACGGUGGAGCACUGCAGAACCUUUCACUUAAGUUGCCCGUCACUAUCAACAAGUUCUUCCAGCCCACCGAGAUGUCCUCUCAUGACUUCUUUCAGCGAUGGAAACAGCUCAGCCAGCCCCAGCAAGAAGCACAAAAGAUUUUUAAGGCUAACCACCCCAUGGACACAGAAGUGCUCAAAGCCAAGUUGCUAGGACUUGGCACCGCGCUGCUGGACAACGUUGAUCCGAACCCAGAAAACUUUGUGUGUGCUGGUGUGAUCCAAACCAAGGCUCAACAAAUAGGCUGUCUGCUGAGACUGGAGCCCAACGCACAAGCCCAGAUGUAUCGGUUGACUCUGCGCAGCAGUAAGGAUACUGUGGCCAAGCGUCUUUGCGAGUUGCUGUCAGAACAGUUCUAGAACUGAGAUUCUAGAACCCGCGUCCUGGACCAUCACCUUCUAGAACAGUCACCAAGACCAGACCAGCGUUCCAACUUCCACAGCACUGAACAGUGUCUCCAGAAGCGUUCAACACAUAAGGGAAAAGCAGCUGUCCGACUGGGGCAGCAAGAUUUCUGUCCUAAUUCUUAUAAUUAUGGUUAUUAUUGUAUAUUAUCAUCAGCGCUACCAUUCUUGUUUUUAUUGGUGUUUACCUGAGUGUGAGCAGUGAAGUGUGGGUGUGUGUAUUUUUUUUUUUGGUGGGUGGGGGGGGUCGUUGUCGUCGUGUGUGUGUAUGUGUGUGUGUGUGUGUGUGUGAAGGAACUGUGAUCAUUUGAUUUGGUUUCCUUUUUCUCCAUUCUGCCUGAUAACCAGUGGACCUGUGCUUGUGUUGACAGCUGGUGUGUGUCGUAGGUCAUGGAAGGAGUGAAAGAGAGAGGGAGUGACAGAGUGAGAUUUAAAAGAUUCUCUUCUUUUUCUCUCUUUGUGUGUUCCGCAUCAUUUCAACCUGUAAGCAUUUCUGGUACACACACAAAACACAACCUUCUCACAUGUCCGACUGCACACCUUGGUGGAACAUGCAUUCCAGGGGGGUGUUAAGAUCCUUCCUCCUUAUUGUGAAUAAUAACACUGCAAAUAGAAUACACUAAAUUAAAUAGCAUUUCUUUCUUUACCAGAAGUCUGAAUCACUAACAGCCCAUGUCACCCCUUUUUUUUACUCCCUCAAAGUUUAGUUUUCCAGAGUCAGCAGUGCACAUGUUGAUGGUGGGGGAUUCUGAAAGUGUUUUGUGAAUUGUUUUGUGGCCGUUUUGCCUUCCUGACCCCAUUCCCCGGAUAACUAGUGCUGACCAGUGCACUUCCAGAGGCCUGGAGAGGAAAGGCUUUUAUAAGCCCCGCCCCCAUCCCACUACCUGUUACUCAAUCCCUUUCUAGCUUUUCAAAAUUUAAGUACCUGUCAUCAUUCCAUACCUGAUUAUUGUGAGGUUUAUGAUUUAUAUAUAUA